AUGGUAUGCAGAUAUUUUGUCUCGCGGCUAAGUGGUCGCCCGUUAUCCCUCCACGUCCGCCGAACAGCGAGCAGUUCUUUGCCCGGGCGUGUGAGUCCGGCUUUUAGGAGAACUUUACUGACUAAGUCUUGGGUGAAUCAGGGCAAAGUUCUUAUGGUGCUCUAUCCCGGUGGUCAACAUGCCAAGGAUCAACCGGAUCUCUUGGGAUGCGUCGAAAACGAGCUUGGUCUCCGAAAGUGGAUUGAGGGACAGGGGCACACGCUUUUAAGCACCGCCGACAAGGAUCGUGAGGGUUCUGAGUUUGACAAGCAACUGGAAGAUGCUGAAGUCAUUGUUACCACUCCGCCAGUAUUCCACCCCGGAUACCUGACCGCCGAGCGUCUAUCCAGAGCCAAGAAUCUCCGACUUGCGGUCACCGCCGGCAUUGGAUCCGACCACGUUGAUUUGGACGCGGCUAACAAGACCAACGGCGGUAUAACCGUCGCGGAAAUCACCGGCUGCAAUGUUGUCUCCGUCGCGGAACACGUGGUCAUGACUAUGCUCAUUUUGAUGAAGAACUUCGUCCCGGCGCAUGAUAUGAUCAGGCAGGGACGAUGGGAUGUUGCCGAGGUGACCAAGAAUAACUACGAUAUUGAGGACAAGGUUGUAGGUACUGUUGGAGCUGGCCGUAUCGGUGAACGAGUACUGCGCCGUCUUGCGCCCUUCCAUUGCAAGGAGCUGCUGUAUUUCGAUUAUCAGCCUCUUACAUCGGAGGUUGAGAAGGACAUUGGAUGCCGUCGUGUCGAGAGUCUAGAGGAGAUGGUUGCUCAGUGUGACAUCGUCAAUAUCGAGUGCCCUCUCUAUGCCGAGACUCGAGGACUCUUCAACAAAGAUCUCAUCGCCAAGAUGAAGCGAGGCGCUUAUCUCAUCAAUACCGCGCGAGGGGCCAUCGUUGACGCUGAAGCCGCCGCGGAUGCUCUAAAGAGCGGCCGCCUCCGCGGCGUAGGUGGUGACGUGUGGUUCCCGCAGCCGGCUCCCCAGGACAAUCCUCUCCGCUACGCGGAGCAUCCAUGGGGUGGGGGAAAUGCCUGGGUGCCUCACAUGUCGGGGACAUCUCUGGAUGCACAGAAACGGUAUGCAGCUGGUGUGAAAACUGUCUUGGAAGCUUACUUCUCUGGCCGUGAGGAUUAUCCACCGGAGGACUUAAUCUGCCAUAAGGGGGAGUAUGUCACCAAGGCUUAUGGCCGGCGGCAGAAGGUGUAA